AUGUUUUCGAGAAGUAUUCCAGUUAUAAUAAAGCAGGUUUAUUGUGAUAUAUAUAAUGAUUAAUUACGUGAUAUAUAAACGAAAUAUGAAUAUAUUAAUAAUUGAUAAAGUCACUGUUUAUUCAUUUCAAAUAGAUUUGAUAAAUUGUGUUAAUAGUGUGCACAUAAUGAAAUAUUUAGCUUAGUUCUUAACAUUCCAUAUUGUUGAUCUGUAAAGAUAAUACGGUAAUGAUUUUAUAUUAUAUAGCAACUGCUAAAAUUUUUAUUCAUUACAUUUCAAUGCAACAAUUCAUUCAAAAAUUUUCAAAUAUUUCACAAAAGAUAGUAAAAAUUUUUAUGGAACGACAAAAUUUAAUAUAAAAAUUACAAAUUUUGCUUUACUUGUAGUUUUAUUAUUCCCAUAAUAUUCAGUAUUUAAGUCUAUUUUUAUAUUUUUGUUUUUGUGGAAUUAUCAAAUUUUAAAUUUAUAAAGUGAAUAUUUGCUCAUAAUAAUGAAAUAAAUUCGCAGAAUAAACUUUAAAAAAUGUUUAAUUCUUAUGGCCUAACAAUGAAGAACAUUUUUUUCCUCUUAUAAAUUUAAUUCGUUAUUAUUUCUACAUUAAAAAAUAUUUCUAUCAAAUUGGAAAAAUAGAAUAAAAGAAAAUGUUAUUGUAAAAAUUCGAUAUUUUGAUGUUUAUGAUUCGAAGGUUUAAUUAUGUGCACUUUUACACAGCUAAUCUUUAUUUUAAUAACGCGGUUAAUGGAAUUUUAUUUACAAUUACAAAGGCCUUGGAAAAUUUCUGGAAAUUUUGAUUUUCAAUACAUUAUCACAUGAAAAUGAACUUUUGUAAUAAAAAUUAUAUAUUAGCCAUUUGAAUAAUGCUGUGCAACAAGAAAUAUUUAAUCUGCAUUCACGUUAUUUCUCAAUAGAUUUAGUAAAAAGAUUAAGACAUAUUAUAUAUAUUAUGUACAGAAGAAAUUAUGUACUAUGUAAAUUUAUAUCCCUUCAGAUCUGUAACUCUGUUAUUCCUCUUACAUUUGAGUAAGCAGAUGAGGAUCACGUAUAUGUGUAAGAUUCAAUGUCCUAAUAUGCACCAAAGACAGUUGAAUUUAAUUAAUAAUUUCAAUUAUGAUUCAAUCUGUGGUAACAUUGAAUCUUUAAUGUAUGUACACCUAAGUUAAUACUUAUUUAUCUAUAAGUUGCACAGCAAUAAAAAUUAAAUGUACAACAAAUUGCUGUUAUAUUUUUGUAAGCUAUGGGAAGUGUCAUUGUCAUAACGAUAGUGAUCAUGUUGCAAAUUUGGUACUAAACGUGAGGUUCUGUAGAGAACAAGGGAUGAAAGAAACAUUAUGUUCGAUCGCGAGUUACAAUAUUAAAAUCGUGUUGAAUUGUACGGGAUAUGAAGUGAAAGAGGUUUGUACGAAAUAUUUGUUGUAUAAAUGGUUUAAAUAAAAGAGAAAUCAUGAUACGAAACACCCCUUGUUCUAUCUCUUUUGUAGAAGAGAAGCAUUGAUAUUUAUCGGUCAUUAUAACUCGUGAUAUGCAACAAUACAAACAUUAAAGCAUUAAAAUAAAAUAAUUUAUUUACAGAGCGAU